AUAAAAUUUGAUUUGAUUUGAUAUUUGAUUUGAUGUUGGGAAUGUAUGUGCCAGAUAGAUUUUCUUUGAAAUCAUCUAAUGUCCAGGAUGGAAUCGGGCUUUACACGGCGAGACAAGUGAAAAAGGGGGAAAAGUUUGGCCCUUUUGCUGGAGAGAAGAAACUACCAAGUGAGCUGGAUGAGAGCACAGAUACCAGACUGAUGUGGGAGGUCCGAGGUAAUAAAGGCGAUGUGCUCUAUGUUUUGGAUGCCAGUAACCCUCGCCAUGCCAACUGGCUGCGUUUUGUCCAUCAGGCGCCAUCACAAGAGGAGAAGAACCUGGCAGCAAUCCAGGAUGGAGAGAAUAUCUUCUACCUGGCAGUGGACGACAUUGAGACAGACACAGAGCUGCUGAUAGGCUACCUGGACAGUGAUAUGGAGGAAGAGUCAGAGGAGGAGGAAGAGGAAAUCAUCAAAUAUGAAGAUGAAAACAGCAAAGAUGCCAAACAUCUCGUUGAAAUGGAGCUGGUGAUCAAGAAGGAGGACCACCCGUGCCUGCUGUGUGAGAGCAGCUUCCCUAGCAAGGAGAUCCUAGCAGCCCACCUCCAGAGCCUGCACCAGAGACCCAGUACUGAGGAGAAGGAGUAUAAGUGCAGGAACUGUGGCAAGAAGUUCCUCAUCAAACAAGCCCUGCAGAGCCAUGUUCUGCACUGUGCGGAACCCUGGGUCCACCACCAGUGUUCCAUCUGCUACAUCACCUUCAGCUCAGAGUCCAGUUAUGACCAGCACAAGGAGGCGUGUAGAGGAGACGCCAGGUUCAUCUGUAAGGCUGAGAGUUGUGGGAAGAGGUUCAAGAGCAAAGACUCUCUGAAGAAACACAAAGGGAACGUCCACACAGGAAGUUCCAGGCGGAAGCUCAUGUGCACCAUCUGCAACAGGAAAUGUUCCUCCUUACUGAACCUCCAGGAACAUUGCAAGGUACAUGAGAUAUUCGACUGUGCUGCCUGUGACAAGAAAUUCAUCUCGACCAAUCAGCUUAAGCUCCACAUGAUCACUCACUCAGAGAAACGUCCGUAUACCUGUGAGGUCUGCAGUCGUUCGUUCAAGCGUCUGGACCAGGUGACGGCCCAUAAGAUCAUCCACAGUGAGGAAAAGCCCUACAAGUGUAAGCUGUGUGGGAAGGAGUUUGCCCACAGGAACGUCUACAAGAACCACAAGAAGACUCACUCAGAGGAGAGGCCGUUCCAGUGUGAGGAGUGCAAGGCCCUGUUCCGCACCCCCUUCUCUUUACAGGGCCACCUGCUCAUCCACAACAAUGUGAGGACAUUUAAGUGUGACCAAUGUGAUGCCACCUUCAAGAGAAAAGACACGCUCAACGUGCACAUCCAGGUGGUACACGACGGACACAAGAAGUACAAGUGUGACCUGUGUGAGAAGUGUUUCGUCACCCCCUCUGUUCUCAAGAGCCACAAGAAGACGCACACAGGGGAAAAGGAGAAGAUCUGCCCAUAUUGUGGACAGAAGUUUGCCAGCAAUGGAACUUUGAGGGUUCACAUCCGCAGCCAUACAGGUGAGCGCCCAUACCAGUGCCCGUACUGUGACAAAGCAUUCAGCAAGAAUGAUGGUCUGAAGAUGCACAUCCGCACACACACUCGGGAGAAGCCAUACAAAUGCAGUGAGUGUAACAAGGCCUUCAGUCAGAAGAGAGGUCUGGAUGAACACAUGAGGACCCACACCGGAGAGAAACCCUUCCAGUGUGAUGUGUGUGAUCUGUCGUUCAGUCUGAAGAAGAUGCUGAGCAGGCACAAGCUGACCCACAAGCCCAACAGGCCCAUGGCAGAGUGCUCGCUGUGCCAUAAGAAGUUCACCAGGAAUGACUACCUCAAAGUGCACAUGGAGAACGUUCACGGAGAGACCGAGGGCUAAGGAACCCAUCUAUUUGAGACAGUUUACUAAAGAUAAAGAUACAGUAUACUAUAUUUACAGUGUUAUACAUACAGGAUGACUUGCUAUGCAUUUCAUAUGUAGCAAUAAGCAGUGUUUGUUGCUAUUAAAUACUGUAUAUGCAAAUGCAGAAUAUGGAAAAGAUACAUUUAAAUAUUGAAACAAAUCCUGUACGUAUGAAUUAUGGAGUAUGAACAUUAGAUAUUCAAUUCACAGGGAUUUUUGGAUGAGGCACAAGACCCACACAGUUCUGAUCUGCUUCCAAACUGCCAUUUUCUCCCUGUUUGCCAUUUACAUUCAAUUUAAUUUUGAUAUGAAAGUUUGGGAUUGACAUUUCCAGACUAUGCAGCACAAUACAAUAACUAGCCUAGUUCAAAAAGUCUCUACCCCACAGUCUGCUUCUAGGUUCCCACCUCAUGCCAACCAUACAGUGCCUUUACCACCUCUGCUCAGGUGUCUUACUCUGCCACAACUAUUGUGACCAGGUACAAACUUUCCAAAGAGUUUCCAAGCCAAAGAUGUUUACCAAACACAGCCAGCCUACUCCAUUCCUCCAGCCAACGCAUUGCCUGGAAAUGCAAUGCAUUACCAUUGUCAAAGUUACUGUUACAGUUUGUCAAAAGAAUAAUGUUUUUUUUACGGUUAUUUCAUAUUCUGAGGGAUCAAGUAGUUUCUUUGUGUUUACACUCCUGUUUUUGUAAUCCUGUAUGUUAAAUGGGAAAUGUAUUUAAUGGAUGGUGCAGUUAUGUUUGUUUCUCUGUAGAUUUUACAUGACCAGACCAUAGCCUUCCUGUAUUCCACAGACUGUUACACAUUCCCUCUCUUUUACUGUUCAUUUCAAACUGUGAAUAUAUUUCACAUCACACGUCCAUGUUUUUACUUCAUAAAAGCCUCAUUACCUACAAAACAGA